AUGGAUGUGCAUGCGAAAGUGGAAGAGUUAAAAAAAGCAAUUGUCUUGUUUGAGGACAUGGUGGCUAAGUAUCAGAUAUUGCCUGCUGCUCUUACUUGUACUGCUUUGAUUAAGGGCUUUUGCCGUGGGGGUAGAAUGGAUGAAGCCAUGGAGUUGCUUAAGAUGGCAGAAAUGAAGUGCAAAGCAGAUUUUGUAACUUCUAAUGUGUUGCAUAUCAUUGGACCUCUGAUGUUGAAUGAUGACCUUAAUGAUCUUGAAUUUGGACGGUUUGCAUAUAAUUAUGAUUUAGAGUUACAUGAAGAAAUGCUUGAUGAAGUUUCAAGCAAUAUAGAGAAGGAAGCAGAAUCAAAGUUCAUCGAUCGCUUGUUGCCGUCUGUGAAAUAUGAAGAAGAUGAAGAAAUAAAAUUGAAAUAUGAAGAUUGUGCAAUAUGUUUAAAUGACUACAGAGAUGGAGAGUUAUGCAGGAUUUUUCCAAUGUGUAAGCACAUGUUUCAUUCAGAUUGUAUAGACAUUUGGUUGGAGAAGUCUUUAACAUGCCCCAUUUGUCGUCAAUAUGUUUUUGGCUCAUCAUGA